AUGAGCAACUCCAAGGACUUCCAAGAGCCAAGGCUCCUGCCUGCCCUCCUUGACCACCGUGCAGCAUGUCAACCAGACCAAGCAUGGGCCAAGUUCCCUGUUUCGCCAACCUCCUACGACCAAGGAUUCCAGGGAGCAACCUACUCCCAGAUGCGCAAUGCCGUGGAUUCUAUGGCGUGGUUCCUGGACGCAAACAUCGGAAAAAAUAAUCUUCUCACGAAUGUGGAUGUUCCUGCGUACCCAUAUGAAAAAACGUUUGAAGAGGCCCGGAACGAGCCUGCCUUUGCCUUGCACACUUCUGGGUCCACCGGCAUUCCGAAGCCGUUGAUAUAUACCAACGAGUUUGUCUGCCGAAUCUACGCAGCUACUACUCUGUCACCGCUCGAUGAAAUGACGCGCAUCGAUCAACACUUCCUCCAAGGAGAGUGGUUCCCCUUUUUGCCGGCUUUCCACAUCGCCGGUAUUGGCUUCGGACUAGUCUUAGCAAUGUAUAGCAAGAGUGUCCCGGUAUUGCCGCUUCCUGGCCGUCCCCCAUCGACUGAUGCCUUCCUGGAAGCUGUCAAGUACGGCACGUUCAACUGGGCCUCCUCGUUCCUGUUAUCCUCGAUGAUCUCAGCAAAGACCCCACUGCCCUCGAUCUCGUCGCUAGCAAGCUCUAGAACCUCUUCUACACCGGCGGUGCCCUCCCAUCAACCGCCGCUGCGGAUCGCCGAUCCCUCCUUCACGGAGACCUGGCAGUAUCUCUACAUCCACCCAACCGCGCAGCCGGAGUUCCGGCAGCGCAUGGACGACCUGCACGAACUUGUUCUCGUGCGAUCAACCCAAAACCCCGAGGCACAGCCUGUCUUCGCGAUGUUUCCAGGUCUCGACGAGUACGAGACGAGGGACCUGUUCAGCCCUCACCCUACACUUCCAAACCUCUGGAGACACCGCGGCCGCCGUGAUGAUAUCAUUGUCUUUCUGAAUGACGAGAAGACAAACCCGGUGACGUUUGAACAGCAGGUCUCACGACAUCCAGAUGUCCGAUCUGCGCUUGUUGCCGGCAAUCAGCGCCUCGAGGCUUGUUUGUUGAUUGAGCCGGCGACUAUGGAGGCCUUGAGCGACGCGGCAAAGGCUGAUCUCAUUGAGGCGGUCUGGUCGGCUGUUGAAGAGGCCAAUGCCCAGUGUCCAGCACACGCACGGGUAUCAAAGUCCAAGAUCCUGGUUCUGGAUGCAGCAAAACCCAUGCUACGGGCUGGGAAAGGCACCGUGCAGCGCGCGGGGACUAUUCAGCUCUACCAGGACGAGAUUGACGCUCUCUACGAGGAAAGGCAGAUACAGGAGCCCCCUAAAAAGAAACUAAACAGCCUUCAGCACGCAAUUCAUGUUUUGCGGAUACUAGUUGAGGAAGUGACAUCCUGGAGCGAGUUCAAGAAUCAUGCCGACUUCUUCGUCUUAGGUAUAGAAUCAUUGCAGGCAUUGCGUCUUACGGCUGCCAUUCGGUCUACCCUAGGUGUAAUUAUCUCACCAAGCGCCAUAUACACGAGCGCCUCGAUCAAUGGGUUAGCGAACAUGGUUUACUCCGACUCUCCUGCAGACACCGGGGAUGAUCGCAUGAUUUCCAUGUCACGCCUGCUCCACAGGUAUGAGCAACAGAUUAACCAACUCGCUUCUAGCCCAAAAGCUGCAGAAAUAGCAGAACAAACUCUCCCCGUCCCACAGGUUGUCAUCCUGACAGGCUCGACAGGUACCGUUGAGUCAUUCCUCCUCGACUACCUCGUCGCCAACCCAAUAGUUUCGCACAUCUGCUAUCUUAACCGAGCCCGUCCUAAUGAGGAAGACCCCAGGUCCUCCCAAGCCGUGGGCAACAAGCGAAAAAACCUCACUCACGCUCUUUCCGAGAAGAAAGUCACCUUCCUUACAGCAGAUCUAGUCAAAGACAGCCUUGGUCUCGACGCCGGCGACUACAACUCCAUGGUCAGCUCCGCAACGCAAAUCAUCCACGCCGCCCGGCCAUUGAACUUCAUCCAACCGCUACAUUAUUUCAAGUCGAGUCUUGCCGGACUGCUGAACCUGAUAGCUCUCACACGAAAAGGCCGAUGUCAUCCGUCUCUCCUCUUCUUAUCAUACAUCUCUGCUGUCAGCUCACACAAUACCCUGCCUGACGCAACCGCAUGGAUUCCCGAGGAUAUCAUCACCGACCCGUUGUGUACAGCAGCCAUCGGCUACGGCGAGAGCAAGUACCUCGCCGAGGACUACAACGGAUCCACGCGGUUGGAGCAAGGCGGCAAAGGGCAGUAUGACGAGAUCGGCUGGAUCCCUGUGGAUAUCCUUGCGCCUAUUUUGUUUGAACUUUCAACUGUCAUUGCCACUGGAAACUUCCGCAAGGACGUAAUUGAAGGCAGCCCUGGCGGAGCUCCAGUUUUCCACUGCGUGAAUCCGCGUCGUGUCCAGUGGAAGGACUUGAUACCCGUCGUUGUAUAUGAGUUGCAAAAGCCCGAUCAGAAUGGUCAGUCUGGCCAAAUCAUUGUAGUUUCUCUGCAAGGGUGGGUUGCGAAACUGCAUGCUUCAACUGCGUCUGAGAGAGUGGGAAUUGACAUUGACCGCAAUCACGCGGUUAAACUGGUAGGGUUCUACGAGCAACAGCUUACGGAUGCUGGUCGAACUGGGGUCGCGCGGUUUUCGACUGAUCGGACUGCAGAGGCUAGCAAGGGAUUGAGGGAAUUACAGACAAUUCAUCCAGAAUGGUUGCGUGGCUGGAUUAGGGAGUGGCUGGACUAG